CUGCAAGAAACAAAACAUUCUUCGAGCUCAUCUCUGGUUCACAUUCUUUUGCUUUCCGUCUCUACUUACUAAGUAAAGGUAGGAUGAAACUUUGCGUGCCGUUUUUCAGGUCGCUUGGCAGCUCGUAUUCUCACUAAAAUUCACUUCGUUUUCAUUCUAACAAAAAUCCGGUCACCAAGAACAUGUCUAUGCUUGCGCUAAUGGCUUGUUAGUCUUACCUCCUUCAUACGAUUUGAAAAUAAUGGCAUCGUGCAAUCCUAGUUCCAGUGGGUGCGCACGCCAUAGUACCAAUGCCGUCUCGCGGGGGCACUCUGUUGGCUACAAUGCAGGAAUAAACCUGCAUCAUGCUGGCCAAAGAGGUCGCUCGGGCUCUGCACUUCCACUUUACUCCUCCAGGCGUUUCAGCGAUGAAUUUUCUCUGCCGUUCUACGACGCAUCUUCAGAAGCUGCUUCAACCUCAUCCUACGAUGUUGGCCCACUGGUGCAGCCUCCGCGUGUUGUUGCCGAAGAGGACUUCCCGGGUGACAACCGAUUUGGCACUCGACUAAGAAGCCCUCAUGGCGAAAAUGUGUUUGCUCGGAGCGAGGAGCAGCACAGCGGCAACUACACUGGCUCCGCACGACCGGUCAAUAUGUGUUUCCGAGAACGGCGGCGCGAUGAAUCUUGCUGUUCUUCCACUUCCACCAAUGCGCAUGAUCGUGAUCGCCAUUCCGCGGCGUCUACAAGAACUUCUUCGAGGCAGUUGCCCAGUAAAAAAAGCUCCGCACCAGCGACGGUGAUAAAGCUUCGUCGACGAAGGCUGGGUUGCGAUCGCGGGAGUCGGAAGUUGGUCGUCUUUCUAUUCCUCAUGGGGCUGCUACUUGGUUACUUUGGCCUGAAAGUUUUCCGGGUUCUGCAAAAACGAGAAGCGGAGGACAGGGCUCUGGAAAAGGUGUGAUAGUUCAUAGUGGUAUGACAUCUAUUGCAUGAAAAUCUUCACACCGGUUUGCAGGUCGAAAUUGGACAGCAUGUGAAUGUCAUUUAGUAUGCCAAUGUCAUUUUCAACGAUUAAUUUCAAAACAAACUUUAUCUCCAGAAACGGGACGAAACCGUAGCGGCAUGGCGGAGGAAGAUAUCCGAAAUCAGAGAGAACUUGGAAGGAAGAAAGCAGAGGAUUCUCGCCACAGCGGACGACAGUGUGUAUCAAAGUGCUUGUAGGGCAAGACGGUCUAAAUCUUUGAGAUCGCUCCUGAUUGUUCGUUGUACACGUCUAAAUCAGAUGCAGUUACGCGGCAACACAAGGGCAAGUGGAACUUCGCCAUGGACACGACGUGUGGCUAUAGUACCCAAGUAGCAAAAUUAUUUAUAUUUUUGGGUUGUACAGCAGGUCAUACUCUUCAACCACCUUUGAUAGGCAGUAACACUGCAUCUAAUAAACACACAGUCGCAAAGGGAGACAAGACCUCUCGCUCUGUUUCCACUUGCACAGCUGGACGCACGCGGAGGUAAUGGCGGACGUGCACAAGACCCUGCAACAGCUGGACAGCAUUUCAGGCGAAAUCAACGGCCUUGCGGAGAAGGACCCCGCACCGGGAUCCUUGGCCCACUUGGAACGCGCUUUAAAAGCCGCAAACGAACAAGACACGGAUAGCUCUGGGCCGCCCGUGGAAAGGACAAAACCGGAGGGGAUGAAAACUACAGCAGCGCCUCUGUCAUCUUCCCAUCCUCGUCCUCCCGUGCCACCGCCUUCGGGUCAAAGUAGAUCGGGGGACGGCGUACGAACAACAAGAGAAAGAGCUAGUGUCACAACAGAAAAUAAUUCUCCUCAUGCACCGAGUGAAGCGGAACAAAGACAAACUCAUACUACAGACUCUCCGUCUACUUCUUCCUCAACCCCUUCGGAGACUCCUUCCCCUACUUCCCCCUCGUCGCACGAAUCAUCGGCAUCUUCUACGUCACCCUCUUCCACACGGAAUUAUGAAACCCAGCCAACGCCAACCGCAACAGGAAGCAGUGACGCGAAGAAGAAGACGACGAACACCAGUCAGGAAGAAGCCUUCGCUGAGCUGGAGGAAGCCGUCGGGGAGCUGGCGACGGCUCUGCUGAAGGGGUUCGGCGUUUUGUCCGACGACUAUUCUUCUGAGUCAUCGAGGACAGCGGGAAAUCAGAAGAAAACCGGCACGAGGCCCGCUGCAGAUAAGAAGGCCGGAGCUGCAAGUAGGUCGCAAGAACCUGCGUCGGGAAGUAGUAGUACACCAGACGAUGAACAUGAAGGCCGUGACGAGAAAGAGGAUUCUACGGCCGGACAGACAGAAGAAAAUCAAAAUAGCGAAUCUGAAAAGAAAUCUGAGGACGAUAAAGCCAAAGCUAAGGAGAAGCAACAGCAGUCUACUUCAUCCACGACCGAAAAUGCAAACAAUCAUGGGGAUGAAAAUAACCAGGACGAAACAGAAAAUGCCGACCUGUACUCCAUCUUCAUGAGGGAGUUCGAGAAGGGCUUCAAGGAAAGUUUCCAAAAGAAUUUGAAGAAGAAGUUAGAAGAGAGCGUCAAGGAGAACGUGCAGAAGUACGUGAAGCGCGCAUUUUCAGGGUCUUCGUCUUCCGCAACUACUGCUACUGCUUCGACUGCAGAUAGUACUGGAAGCCGGACUACGGCAACGACUACGUUAACGAGUGAAGAUGAACGCGAGAGAACCUCCAGAACUUCGUCUUCCUCAAGAACUAAAAAAAGCGAAGACGACGAUGAAACGUCAGAAGUGGACACCGACGAGCUGCGGACUACCGAUGACGUGAUGGAGAUCAAAUUUGCGGUUGACGAAUUGGAGAAAUACGUGGCGCAGGAGAAGGAGCGGAUGAAGGUAGAAAGGGACCUGGAAGUAGUACCCGUGGUGAAGCAGCGCAGUGCGCCAGCUUCGACGCCCGGAUGGCUCGGAGGGGGAAUCGUAUUUGCAGAGGCGGCAGAGGUAUUGUAAAGUACUUGUGAUUCACAGAACGCACACCGCUCCGGCUGCGUGUUUUUUCUUGCAGACAGCGAUAAUCGCGUUCGUGCGGCAUGCGUGUACUAGCAGUAAACUUCUGAGCAGCCGCACUUGUGUGUCCUCUGUGCGUCAAUUAUCGCCUUCGAUUGAGAGCUCAGAUCCGAAAAAUCAACUCCUUUCACCAAGGUCCCCGCAUCUGUGGUCGGCGGCGGGGAAAACGGGGAAGCGCUGGGCGACGGCGACGAGGUCUUUUUCGAGAACGGCAUUGACAAGUCGCCGAUCCGCGGCGAUUCGAAGGGCGGCUUAGCCGACGACCAGAGCUUCGAGCCGCCGAAGUUCGCGGAAAAGUUCUACAACGACCCGGCGUGCGAGGAGGCGGGGGAAAUGUGGACGGACUACCGGAAAGCGAUGGCGGUGACCUACGAUUCCGUCGAGGAAGACGAAGACCGGAAGGCGGAGACGAGCAUGAAUUUCCUGGUCGAUAGCGGCAUGAUGAACACGACGUUCAUGGAUGAGCAGGCGAACCGGUGCUUCAUCGGCGUGUGCACCAUGCUGUACCACUUGUCCCGGCACCGCAUGAUGGUGGAGGGGGUCUACACCUCCGCGGCGUAUCUCUUUCGAUCCUUGGACCACUACUUGUCUUCCUUGCACCCGGGGAAAUUCGACGAGCAAAACGAAGUCCCUCCCGUGGUGCCGGAAGCUUUGGAUUUUAAAGAAAUCGACUCACCGUCUGUGGCAGAGAAGCGAAAGGAGCAGCGGGAGAGCGAAGACUACAUCGAGCCGAGAGUUAUCCCGAAGGACUCCAAACCUUUGUGGCCGAUCUCGGAUUAUCUGGUGGGCUUAUUGCGGGAAAAUAUCGCGAAGAGGUCGAGCGGCAGAGGCUGGGACCACGGGCCGAAGCAAAAGGACCAGAAGCCGUACCACGGCAAUAUGUACGGCGCAAUGGCAAAUGACAUGAUCGACCGGGACGCGAACAAGACUCUGGCGAACGCGUUCAAAAUCUACGUCUACCCGCUGGACUCGCACAAGGAGUUCAAGGCGCUGGCGAGCGGAGCGUCGUUCUGCAAAGACAAUCAGUGGGGGUUUGAGGUAAUAGUAGAGGCUAUCUGGUGGACCAUGAGUGCGCGUACUGUUGUGUAUGGAGAAGUCUUGACGAUAUUUUCAUGUCCAACAAAAUGCUUAGUGCCGCUGCAUCACAGCAUGAGGCCGGGUUAAAUUUAAAAGGUUUGAGAAAAACCCAAACCCUUUUUCAAAAAGGUGCAACUCCACUACUGGUUUCUAGCCUGCGACUGCCGCACGGACGACCCGGAAGAAGCGGAUUUUUUCUUCGUCCCACAGUACACCGCGUGUCACCUAAAUUUAGAAACCUUCACCGAAGAGGAAUCCAACGCGAUGUUUGUGAGUUUAGUUGACUCCCUCCCGCAUUUCAAAAGAACGCAGGGCCGGGACCACGUGUUCAUCUGGGGCGCGGGGUUCAGUGUGGACGGACCCUUCCGGCAGUGGAAGGAGUACGUGAAAGACAGCAUCUUUCUGAUGGCGGAGACAGAAUAUUGGAACCCCUACCACUGGCAAACGGAAAAGCCGUUUAACUUCGCAAAGGACAUCGUUCUGCCGGGGCGGAUCGCCAUCAAGGAAAUCGCGCAGCACCACGAGCACGCGGUAUUUUUAUUAGGACUCUGUUCUUCAGGAAUGAUUUUCUUUUCCUUAGCCUCGCACGAGGGUUGUAGAUCGGACUGUAGUACUAGCUAUACGUGAUCAAAAUCAAAAUUUAGAAGUCCGGUCAAUUCAUGAUAUACCGCUCAGAUGGCUAUGCCCGACCGGCCGUGGGUAGGCGAUUUCGUGGGGUGGAACCGGCCGCUGCACGCUGCGCAGGGAAACGAAACGACUUCGCCAAGGCAAGCACUCUUACGGUGGGCGAAGCGGUAUCCAUCGGAAAUGCACAUCCGGCAGGACGUUCCGUAUUCGGAGGCGUUGCGAGGUAUAGACACUAAUCUAAUGUCGGAGGUAGGAUGUAGUUCUAGUUGCAGUCGCACAGACAACGCGCGACCGAAAGAAGAGCAAAUUUGUCGUGGUUCGCGAAGAAAUUUAGAUAGCUUGUUCCACACUGGACGAGAAAGCCGCGACACAGGCCACGUUUUUUCUAAAUUCAGGUUCUAUCUCCUCUCGCUUCUGUUUCGUGCCACGAGGGAAAUCCGCGUGGAGUAGUCGGCUGUUUCGGGUGCUCUACGGACAGUGCGUGCCGGUCAUUCUAAAUGACGACUACGAGGUAUUGGAUUUUUAAAUCUGGAAGUGUAGUCGGCCAGAAGGACAACAAGAGAUUGGCCGCUGUUUGUGAUGCAGAAUGAGCGAUUGAUGGUUUGGCUUUGGUUUUCGCAUGAAAAGAAUCAUGCGGGUGGAAGUUCAGAGCUUAGGGAUGGCGGUGACAAUACAAACGCCAAAGUGUCGACAGACCAGUAGAGCAAAGUUCUAAAACCGAAAAUCUAAACCCCGUCGUUAUCGUUUGUCCAGGUUCCCUUCACGUCUCUCUUCGACAACAAAGAUAACUGGUAUGUCCGCUGGCCCAUGCGGGAAGUCGGGAAGGAGCUGGCGCACUUCUUGAUGAACUUUGAUCUAAAUCUAGUAGCCCAGAUGCAAAAGAACGCGAUCGAACCGAAGUGCUGGUACGUGUGGGUGCCGUCGACUUUAGAUUCCGGCCACGUGGAACUGCAGGAGGGGGAGCUGAAUCCGGUCUGCCCGCACUGGCGCACGCAAAACGCGUACUUGGCGACGCACACGUUGCUGUAUUACAAAAAACGGGUCACAAAAUCAAGUUCGAAGACGUUCUUUAUGCCGGACCCGGAAACCGGGGAGGUGAUGUAUCUGGAUGAAAAUUUCCAGCGAAUUUAGAAUGAGUGAAGGGUUUUUUUUUUUGUGGAGGUGUAGUACUACACAUUGACAUUGUCGUCGUUCCAGCAUAUCAAACUAAGUCCGUGUUAACUAUUUGAAUGAUACGGCGAAUCCAGUUCUUGGUCGGUUUCUGUUUUUCUAUCCUUCGAUGGAUGAGCAAGAGAAGAAAAUUCUCUCGCCGCAAACGAGGGAGUUCAUGGAUGAGUGAUGCCGCAGUAUAAAAAGUAUCUUUGGUGGAACAAGAUAAGUCUGGAGCAUCCAGAAAUGAACGCAAGUCGUCUUAAUUUUUGUGCUGUGUGUCGUUCCUUCCCCCAUAAAUCUUUCCAACUAAGUCGGUGCUAUACUCGUGAGCUUUAAAAUGUGUGUCACUUGUUCUCGGAGGUGCAAAGUGGAUCAGCGAGCGCACC